CCACGCCCUGUCGCCAAGACGUUUUCCAACCUCCUAAACUCGUGUCACCACCCGUUCGCCGGCCGACGCACUUCUCCUUCUGGAGGUGCAUCGGAUUCCCCCAAAGCCAAGUAAGCCAAACUUGGAACUCGCAAUAAAAUCACAUUCCAGUCAUGGCUCCUCACGCUGAGGGUAUCGCCGGCUCGGCGAACGGGGUUGGGACGCUCGACAAUCAUGCCAGUAAAGAGACCUUUACCGUGGCAUCCCCAAGCGUGGUCUAUACGGACAAUGAGAUCAAGUCCAAGUACGUGUAUCGUACCACGGAUGUCACGGCUGGGGCAGAUGGCAAGUUCUCUGUCAAACCAAAGGAGACCCUCUAUGACUUCAAGGUCGAGAGACGCGUCCCCAAGACUGGUGUCAUGCUUGUUGGCUGGGGUGGCAACAAUGGCACCACCGUCACGGCUGGAAUCCUGGCCAACAAGCGUGGACUUGUCUGGGAUACCCGUGAAGGUCAACGUGCAUCCAACUACUAUGGUUCGUUGGUGAUGGCCUCGACUGUCAAACUUGGAACCGAUGCCAAAACGGGCAAGGAAGUCAAUAUUCCUUUCCAUAACAUGCUUCCCAUGGUUCAUCCCAAUGAUCUGGUCCUCGGUGGCUGGGACAUCAGCGGCAUGAACCUUUCAGAGGCUAUGGAUCGUGCUGCUGUCCUUGAACCGACCCUCAAAGCCCAAGUUGCCAAGGAAAUGGCGCAGAUGAAGCCACUUCCGAGUAUCUAUUAUCCAGACUUCAUCGCUGCCAACCAGGAAGAUCGAGCGGACAAUGUCUUGCCGGGUUCCAAGGCAUCCAUGGCCCAUGUAGAGCAGAUUAGGACCGACAUUCGUCAAUUCAAGGAGCAAAACUCUUUGGACAGCGUGAUCGUCAUGUGGACUGCCAACACUGAGCGCUACGCCGAUUUGGUCGAGGGUGUCAACGAUACGGCGGAGAAUCUUUUGAAGGCGAUCGAAGCCGGUCAUGAAGAAAUCUCGCCGUCCACCAUUUUCUCCGUUGCAUGCGUGCUCGAGAAAGCCCCUUUCAUCAAUGGCUCUCCACAGAACACCUUCGUUCCUGGCGCGAUUGAGUUCGCUGAAAAGCACGGAGCGUUCAUCGGAGGGGAUGACUUCAAAUCUGGCCAGACCAAGAUGAAGUCCGCCUUGGUGGAUUUCUUGAUCAACGCAGGCAUCAAGCUCACCUCCAUUGCCAGUUAUAAUCAUCUGGGCAACAAUGACGGCAAGAACCUCAGCUCCCAGAAGCAGUUCCGCUCCAAGGAGAUUUCCAAGUCGAACGUCGUCGAUGACAUGGUCGAGGCCAACUCCGUUCUCUACAAGGAGGGUGAGCACCCUGAUCACACAGUGGUCAUCAAAUACAUGCCUGCUGUUGGUGACAACAAGCGCGCUUUGGACGAAUAUUACGCGGAGAUCUUCAUGGGAGGUCACCAGACCAUCAGCAUGUUCAACGUCUGCGAAGAUUCUCUGUUGGCAUCGCCGCUCAUCAUCGACCUUGUCCUGAUUGCGGAGAUGAUGACUCGAAUCGAAUGGAAGGUUGAUGGAGCGGACAAGUACACUGGAUUCCACAGUGUUUUGAGUGUGCUCAGCUACAUGCUGAAGGCCCCCAUGACUCCUCCUGGAACUCCCGUUGUCAAUGCUCUAGGAAAGCAGAGGUCAGCUUUGAUCAACAUUUUCCGGGCAUGCGUAGGGCUAGCCCCCGAGUCCGACAUGACCCUCGAGCACAAACUGUUCUAGGGUUCUAGUCGCCGAGACCGGCGCAUCAGUUCCUGCAAUCCUGACUUCCCUGGAGAUCGACUGACAUUCGUUAUCAUGAUUUCAUAUGUGCUUUGUCACUGCUUUUCUCUUCCAACUAUUGUCGCUCGCUCAGAUUCCUAGGUCUCAUAGCUUCUAAAUAAGGCAAACAAUCCAGACUGUCACUUGCCAUUCGAAUGGUCCUCUUGUUGACAACCGACUCUCAAACGUGAAUUAUCAAGCCUGUCCUGCUCGUGCAUGCUAGUAUUCAUUGCUUGGACAGUUAUUUGCACCCUCUGUACAUGUACUAGGUCUGAUGCCACCUAGCGAAGGUGAGGUGUUCCAGGUCUAUAACUGACGCUCUUUCCAGUUUUAUCGCCGUGCCAUAGUUGCGACUUCCCCCUUAGUGCAAUUGGAGGUAGCAACUCAAGAAAUCACAUGAUGUGCUGCAGUCCAUUAGAUCUCGUCU